AUGGACCAACCGCCACCGCCUCCAGGUCAAGCUGCUGACCGGGCCACACCUGAGAACGACAGACCAGGGGAGCAGCCUCCCACACCUGCCAGCGGCCCAGCUCACUCGCCAAACUCUUCCGUCUCCUCUGUCAAGACCAAUCCGUCCGCCGAUCAAAAGGGCAAUGCCGCCGAAACUGGGACAGGAGACGCAGCAGCGAGCCUGUCCAUGCCGCCCCCAGCCCGGCCCGCAAAGAGUCCCCAUGUACCUUUGCCUCAAAGCAGCCGCGAUUCCCUCAAGUCCGAUGCAGGCAAUGACGACGCUGUUUCCGUCAGGUCUCGUGCGGCCGAUUCCAACUCUGUCCGGAGCUACAGCUCUCUGAGAGACGUCAUCGCCGCCAGCGACGACCCAGACUCCGAGACCCCUCGCUUGCAACCUGGCACCUCUGCGGACUCCGUCGGCGACCAUCCACUGCCUGAUCCUGCCAUGCCAUCUUCACGCUCGUCCUUCUCGGAGGCAGACAAGGAAACCAAGCGUAUGAGCGUUUCUUCCAUCUACUCCAUGGCCUCUGCUCGGGGUAUACCGAGCUCAGCAGCGUCGGUCACCGGGUCUGACACUGGUUCCGCCGGUACUCACCGCUCAGUGUCCGGCAUCAUGGCGCCUUCCUCGGGGAAGCAAGGCGAGACAGGCCUGUCGAAUGUCACUGUUACUACUGGUAGCCAGGGCAUAGCUGGAGGAAAUCUUGCUCCCCGAGAACAACACCAACACCUCGCCGACGCCCCUAAGAGGAAUCAUCCGCAGCCACCUCGCUCUGACCCUUCUGGCGCCCCGAGGCCUCAACCGAUUAGAGAAAGAAGUCGAGCUAAGCGACGACUCAGUGGGAGUACCGCGGCUAGUAGCCACAGUCCAAGCAGUGAUCGGACACCUCAUCAUAGGGAGAAGGAAGAGGCGAAACCCGCGCCCUUGGGCCUCAUCGGCGUAUGUGCUUUGGACGUUAAGGCCAGAAGCAAGCCCAGCAGAAACAUCCUGAAUCGUCUUUUGGCGAACCGGGAAUUUGAUGUCAAGAUCUUCGGAGACAAAGUCAUCCUAGACGAAGAUAUCGAGAAUUGGCCCGUGUGUGACUAUUUGAUAUCAUUUUAUUCUGAUGGAUUCCCCCUCGAAAAGGCCAUUGCUUAUGUCAAGGCACGGAAACCAUUCUGUGUCAACGAUGUGCCCAUGCAGCAGGUCCUGUGGGACCGGCGACUUUGCCUCCAUCUCUUGGACAGGAUCGACGUUCCAACCCCAAAACGUUUGGAAGUGAACCGUGAUGGAGGCCCCCGCAUCCUGACUCCCGAUCUGGCAAAGCAUAUUGAGGAAGUUACCGGUGUGUCUCUGGAGCCGACCCCUACGGAUCCAGACAAGAUGAAAUUGCCCCGCAAGGUAGAGCUACUGGACGAUGGUGAUAUUCUCAGCGUCGACGGUGCACUGCUUAAGAAGCCUUUCGUCGAGAAGCCUGUGAGCGGCGAGGAUCACAACAUUAUCGUCUACUUCCCCAAUGACGACCCUGAUUAUCCCGGAGGUGCGAGGAAACUGUUCAGGAAAAUCGGGAACAAGAGCUCCGAGUUCGUGCCUGAUCUCAAGGUCCCGCGCUGCAUCACCCAGCCAGCGGAGAGCUUCCUUUACGAAAAGUUUAUGAAAGUCGUGAACGCAGAAGAUGUGAAGGCAUACACAGUCGGCCCCAAUUAUUGUCAUGCAGAGACUCGGAAGUCGCCCGUUGUCGACGGUGUCGUUCGCCGUAACACGCAUGGCAAAGAGGUCCGCUACGUGGCUCAUCUCACCGACCUUGAAAAGACUGUUGCAAGCAGGAUUGCGACGACCUUUGGCCAGCGUGUUUGUGGCUUUGACCUGCUUCGAGCCGAUGGGAAGAGCUAUGUCAUUGAUGUCAACGGGUGGAGCUUCGUCAAAGACAAUGAUGACUACUACGAUCGAUGUGCAAACAUCAUGAAGGAGAUCUUCAUCAAGGAAAGGAUACGACGAGGCGCAAUGACGCCUCCAAUGCCCUCUCCCGCUAUAUCAGACAUAGAUCCAAUGUCAAGGGCCAGUUCCGGCGUUCAAGAGAAGGGCCCCAAGGAGACUCCUCUGACCGGAAUGCUGCCAAACCAGAAGUCAGCCACUAUUACUCAAGGAUCGAAAUCGACGCAAGAUAUCAGGGCCGCAAACUCCCCCGUCCCAGACUCCGCUCCGAAGUCAGAGGUCGUAACCGCAUCCAAGGCUGGAAGCGGCGCCACGAGUCCCCUAUUGCCUCUCUCCGAGCCUCUCAUUCGCAGCAAGCCAUCUUCGACACCAGCGACCGUGCCAGUCACGCCCAAUCUCCAGGAGUUAGUGACAGAACAACCGGAUGUUCAUACCCCGCCGCCGCCUCCACCUAAACACUCCUGGAAGCUCAAAGGCAUGGUCUCGGUCAUUCGGCACGCUGAUCGUACGCCGAAGCAGAAGUUCAAGUUCACAUUUCACACUGAUCCAUUUAUUGAGUUGCUCCGGGGCCAUCAAGAGGAGGUGCUCCUUAUUGGUGAGCCAGCACUGGCGAGCGUCCUCGAAGCCGUGGAGAAAGCUAUGAGAGCUGGCGGAGAGGAUCGCGACAAACUCAGGGCGCUGCGAAAUGUCCUAGUGAAAAAGAGCAGUUGGCCAGGCACCAAGGUUCAGAUCAAGCCAAUGUUUCGCAAGAAGAAGACCGAGGAGAUGGCCCCAGUGGACGAGAAGCAAGUCUCUCCCAAGGAACCAAGUUCACAACCUACCGAAGAGAUGUCUGAGGCCGCACUUUCAGGCAACGAGCUCUCCGGCACUGAGAAUGUACCACGAUUCCCACCCAAGCGCCACGACUCCUUGUCAGGGGUCACAAUGUCGAAAAUUACCGCUGCAGAGAACGGUCUCGUUCUCGAUAAGCUGCAACUUAUCGUGAAAUGGGGCGGUGAGCCUACGCACUCAGCUCGCUACCAGGCACAGGAACUUGGCGAAAACAUGCGUAAUGACCUGGCCAUCUUGAAUCGGGAUGUCCUUGAUGAGAUACAUGUCUUCAGCAGCUCAGAGAGACGAGUGACAACGAGUGCUCAGAUAUGGUCAUCUGCCUUUUUAGACCGCACCGACCUUCCAGAGGAUUUCAUACAGAUUCGGAAGGACCUUCUGGAUGACUCCAAUGCUGCGAAGGACGAAAUGGAUAAGGUCAAGAAGAAGCUCAAGGGUCUCCUCCGCAAGGGUAAUGAAAGACCGCCACAAUUCGCUUGGCCGGAGAACAUGCCCGAGCCGGCGGAAGUGCAGACUCGUGUUGUACAGUUAAUGAACUUCCAUCGUCGCGUCAUGCACUUCAACUUCAACAAGUUGCGCAGCGGGGCUGUGAAUUCGCUAAACGCGGUUUCCAAUCCUGGCAGUUCAGAAAAGCUCAAGCCCGGUGAGGGAUCGUCCGGCUCCGUUCACUCAAUGGCGUCUUCAUUGUCCCAGGUCACGGCUGUUAAUGAAAUCCAAGCCCGGUGGUGUUGUGGAGAAGAUGCCGAGCUCUUCCGGGAACGGUGGGAGAAGCUCUUUACAGAGUUCUGUGACGGUGAGAAAGUUGACCCAAGCAAGAUCUCCGAGCUCUACGACACGAUGAAAUUUGAUGCACUUCACAAUCGUCAAUUUUUAGAGUGGGUAUUCAGGCCAACUAAGGAACUGGUUGAGGAGUUCCGCAAACAUGGCGUUGUUGCAACGGACCAAGAAAGCAGAUCGGCUGAAGCUGGCAAAGAAUCUCAGUUGCCACAACACCCCGCCAAGUCAUCUGAGGACAGCAAGAACGGAGACAAAGGCUCUAUGAGAGAUAGCGAAAGAGAUGAUCACAGAGUUAGACGAUUGUUCAGAAGGUCGUCCAUGGGCAGCAGUAUGCGAAAGGCGGACACUGUGGGAGAUGCAGAAAAGUACUUCGGCCUUCAGAGGGGUUCUCCUGAAAGCCAGACGAAGGCGAAGACUGACGACCGCUUUGAACUUCUGCGGGAAUUGUAUCAGCUUGCUAAGGUCCUAUUCGACUUCAUCUGCCCUCAGGAGUACGGCAUAUCUGAUAGCGAAAAGCUCGAAAUUGGCUUGCUUACGUCCCUGCCUCUGUUACGAGAAAUUGUCUCCGACUUGGAAGAGAUGCAAGCCUCAGAUGACGCGAAGUGCUUCUUCUACUUCACCAAAGAAUCUCACAUCUACACCCUCCUCAACUGCAUCCUGGAAGGCGGUAUCGAGACCAAAAUCAAACGGAGCACUAUUCCGGAGCUGGACUACCUUUCGCAGAUUUGCUUCGAGCUGUACGAGUCCGAAACCAAUCAACCGCAGGGUGCCACUACAGGCGAAGGCUAUCCUACAUUUAAUUACAGUAUCCGGAUCGCUAUCAGCCCUGGGUGUCACGUCUAUGACCCGUUGGACGUCCAGCUUGACAGCAAGCACUGCAUCAGCUGCGCACAGAGGAGGACCCUGACGCCACACUGUAACUGGAAGGAGGUCAUCGAGACGCUACGUGCCAAGUUCCAUACUGUCAAGCUACCCAAGAGCUUUGUGGCAGUCAACCUGUCGGAUGCGUUCUCUUGGUCAGAGAAGCAACAGCUAGAAGGCCAGGAGACGCCAGAUGCCGGCGACGUUCUAGAGAUGAGGAAAGCACCCGAACGUGGAAAAGCGGAAAGAGAUGCCCAAGUAGCCGCGGCAGCACCGGCAGCAACCGAGGAUCUCACGCAGGUAGUUUCCGCUGCUGCGGCGGCUCAGGAUACCGAAGGUGACUCUACCGAACAGGAGGGUGACGCCUCAGAAAACAAGCAUGCUGGCGGUAUGUGA